UAAGGCAGCAGAGCGAGCGCCUCACACGUGAAAACCAUCAUGUCCAGUCCAAGGCGGAGAAGGUGGGGCGGCGCACCUCACAGCCCGUAGGACAGGAGGAGGGCGAGCACCGCAUCUCGGCGGGGGGACUCGAGCGGCAUCUCCUCGAUGAUUCCUCACAAAAAAACAAUCACGCUGGGCUUGAGAGAGAUAGAUAGAUAGAGGGAGGGAGAGAGAGAGGAAGAGAGAGCGCGAACAGCCUCGGCGGUGAGAUCACGCUCGCCUGCUUCCUUCCUUCCUUGUGUGAGAGCGCAGUGGCGACGGAGCGGAGAGGAGAGGAGAGCAGAGCAGAGAGGAGCGGCGUGGGCAGCGGCAGAGCAGAGCGCAGUUACUCGGUGUCAAGCGGUACAAGCAUGGGGCUGUGCGAGUAGCCGUGUUCGCUGGAUCAGCUCUCUCUCUCUCUCUCUUUCUCUCGAGGCAGGGAUGUCGGGAUCGCUGUGUAAAACUCUGUACGCUUUCACCGGAGAGCAGCACCAGCAAGGGCUGCGCUUUGAAGCCGGCGAGAUCAUCAAAGUUGUGCAAGUGCUGGAAGGCGGCUGGUGGGAAGGCGAGAAGGACGGGCUGCGAGGAUGGUUCCCGGCUAGCUACGUGCAACUCUUGGAGAAACCAGUCUUCAUGAACCCCGUAGCUGACGACGAACCCGGCUGCGGCCCUCUCCCCGAAGGCUGGCAGUGCUACAUGUCCGCCCAGGGUCGCCGGUACUACGUGAACAACUUCACAAAGGAAACCACCUGGGAGCGACCAUCAGGAUCGCCACGUAUCCCCAAGAGCCCGCUGUCGAUGAAGAGCUCCUCUCCUGCAGUUAAUGGCUAUCACACAUCGGGGAGCCCAUUGCACCAAGUGGAGCAGGCCCACCUCACCUUACGGAAGAGCAGCAGCAUUGACCCGCAGAGCCCGGGGUCAACGUCUCCCUCAAGAAGGCAGAACAAGGAGACCACCAUUACGAUCAACUGCGUGACGUUUCCACAGCUGAUUGCUGUGCCCGAGCAGCAGCUGCUGAAGCCGAACGAGUGGAGUUACUGCGACUACUUCUGGGCUGACAAAAAGGACGCUCAGGGCAACAACGUCAUCACGGGCUUCGAGGUCCUCCUGCAGAAGCAGCUCAAAGGGAAGCAGAUGCAGAAAGAAAUGGCCGAAUUUAUUCGGGAGAGGAUAAAAAUCGAAGAGGAGUACGCAAAGAACCUUUCAAAGCUUUCACAGAUACCUCUGGCCGCUCAAGAAGAAGGCACACUGGGAGAAGCCUGGGCACAACUCAAGAAAAGCCUGGCAGACGAAGCAGAGGUCCACGUGAAGUUCUCCUCAAAGCUACAAAGUGAGGUGGAGAAGCCGUUGCUUUCGUUCCGUGACAACUUUAAGAGGGACAUGAAGAAGUUUGACCACCACAUCACCGACCUGCGGAAACAGCUAGCAAGUCGCUACGCCGCUGUGGAGAAGGCAAGGAGGGCUCUGGCCGAGAGGCAGAAAGAUCUGGAAGUAAAGACCCAGCAGCUGGAGGUCAAGCUGAGCAACAAAACCGAGGAGGACAUCAAGAAGGCCCGGCGGAAAUCCACGCAGGCAGGGGAUGAGCUCAUGCGCUGUGUGGAUUUCUAUAACCAGGCUCAGUCGAAGUGGUUUGAAGAAAUGGUGACGACAACUUUGGAGCUGGAGCACCAGGAGGUGGAGCGGGUGGAGGUCAUCCGGCAGCACCUGCGCCAGUACACCCAGCUGCGGCACGAGACCGACAUGUUCAACCAAAGUACCGUGGAGCCAGUGGAUCAGCUGCUUCAGAAGGUCGACCCCGCCAAAGAUCGAGAGCUCUGGGUGAAGGAGCACAAGACGGGCGAAAUCCGGCCGGUGAACAUGGAGAUAUAGACUGUCGUCUCGUCUCAACGAGACCCGCUUCAGAGCACAGCACUCCGAGACAGAAGCGCGCCGGCCAUCCAAGUCCGCCGGCCGCCUGCUGGAUUCUAAUUUCAAGCAAAACUGGGAGCAGACUGGUAAAGCGCACCUUGGUGACUUCAUCCCUUAACUUGAAGGACGCAGUGGGCAAAAUAAACCCCGUUAUUAGGAACGAAUUACACAGAGUGGGUGUUUGGGGGGUGGUGGUGGUGGUCUGCCUUCACACGGGCCUCUUAAACUGUUAGGCCGUGUCCAUGAGAAUGUGUGACGGGACGGCUCGGCUACUGGGGGGGGGGGGGUGGUGGUCCAAAGAACUUAAUGAAUGGCAAACUCAAUACACGAAUUGAGGGCCACGCUGCCAAUCCAGGACCUUCAACCAAUGGGAGCGGAGGUCAGCCUCUGACAUCAUCGAGGUGGGUGGGCACAAGAAAAACACAAACUCUAAAAUGAAAAAAGAUCUUCAUCAGCUCGUAAAAAGUGUGCAGGCCGGGAGGAAGAAAACGGCAAUCGCUCUUUAAAAAUUGCUAAUAAAUACACGUCAAGAAGUGCCUGUGCCAUUCAGGUGCGGUCAGAGGCAAACUCUAAAGCUGAUUGGUUGAAGGGGACUGCUUUGAUGAGGGUCCGAGGGCAAACGAAACCCGACGACAAACACACUGGCAGCCUGAAUUUGAAAUCUGCGGAUUUAAAGGAAAAAAGCGUCACACACAAUCAAAAAUCACCAGAAUGGCGGAGGGAAGUAAACUUGAAGAGGCGUUUGUGGACGUACAGUCAGCAUCUCUGUGCACACGUGCAUAUACUGUGUGUGUGUGUGUAUCUGCUUGUGUGUACGCAUAUAUAUGUAUGUAUCUGAACACACACACACACACAGGAGUCGCCACAGGCACAUCAUGGCACACACAAUUGAAGGCAGGAGGACCACCGGGCAGGCCUGUGCCCUCCUCCCACACUGCCAUCUGCUCAGCUCUGCUCUUCAUCAGCUCCGCCUUCCACUUUUGGCACCGCCUUUUUUUUUGCUCCUCCCCUUCUGUGACUCAAUCAUCAUUGGCAGUGGAUGCUGCCAUCUAGUGGAAAUUUCAGGUACUUCACAAAGCAUAUUUUGUUACUUUGUGCAUCUAAUGUGUUGCUUUAAAAAGACUGUUAAUUGGUAUUGGUUUUUUUUUUUUUUUUUGCAUGUGUACUAAUAUAUACAAUACAUAGAAGUUCACGGAAAAAUACAGAGUCUCAAAAGUUAAAUGUGCUUCUGCUUUUAUUUUUCAGUGUAGGAUGUCACUGUUUGUUUUUGCUUUUGAGGAGGCAGGCCCUGUCUAUGUGCGUGGUAUUCUAAAUGUAGGGUGGCAUGGCGGUGUAGCAGGUAGUGUCCUGGGUUCAAAUCCCAUGCCCAGUGUGGAAGAUGCAUGUUUUCCCCCCAGGCCACGUGUGUGUGUGUGUAUAGAUAGAUACUUUAUUAGUCCCCAAGGGGAAAUUCACAUAUUCCAGCAGCAGCAUAGUGAUAAAGAAACAAAAUUAAAUUAAAGAGUGAUAACAAUGCAGGUAUAACUGACAAUAACUUUGAAUAAUGUUAAAAUUUCCCCCCCUGGGUGGAAUUGAAGAGUCUCAUAGUGUGGUGGAGGAACGAUCUCCUCAGUCUGUCAGUGGAGCAGGACAGUGACAGCAGUCUGUCACUGAAGCUGUUCCUCUGUCUGGAGAUGAUCCUGUUCAGUGGAUGCAGUGGAUUCUCCAUGAUUGACAGGAGUCUGCUCAGCACCCGUCGCUCUGCCACGGAUGUCAAACUGUCCAGCUCCGUGCCUACAAUAGAGCCUGCCUUCCUCACCAGUUUGUCCAGGCGUGAGGCGUCCCUCUUCUUUAUGCUGCCUCCCCAGCACACCACCGCGUAGAAGAGGGCGCUCGCCACAACCGUCUGAUAGAACAUCUGCAGCAUCUUAUUGCAGAUUGAAGGACGCCAGUCUUCUAAGGUAGUAUAGUCGGCUCUGUCCUCUCUUACACAGAGCAUCAGUAUUGGCAGUCCAGUCCAGUUUAUCAUCCAGCUAGAUAGAUAGAUAGAUACUUUACUAAUCCCAAGGGGAAAUUCACACACUGCACUCCCAGGUAUUUAUAGGUCUGCACAGUCAGCUCUGAUGAUCUCGGGGUCCAUGAGGGGUCUGGGCCUCCUAAAAUCCACCACCAGCUCCUUGGUUUUGCUGGUGUUCAGUUGUAGGUGGUUUGAGUUGCAUCAUUAUAUAAUAUAUAAUAUGCAGUAUAUAAAGAAAUCAGGAUUGUAAAUAUUUAUACUUAGGCCUGUAUAAUUUAUAUAGCAUUACAGUUUACACACGUGUGUGUGUGUGUGUGUGUGUGUGUGUGUGUGUAUAUGUAUAUAUGAGGGACGUGCAAAACAUUUCCGCACUUUUUUUUUUUAACUCUAUUUAUUAAAAAUCUCAAAAAUAAAUGAUGUCGCUUUUCUACAUCGUCAUUUGAGAUGCAAUUCUCCCAGCGUCGUACCAACUUUUUAUUGCUCAAUUACUACUCCAUUACUACUCGCUGUUUCCAAUGACAGUAUAAAAGUGCAGAAAUUUUUUGAACAUUCCUCAUAUAUAAAAUAUACAAACACACACACACACACACUUUAUAUCAUGUGUAAACCUUUAUUUAGUGUCACAGUGUAUAUUAUAUGUAUUUCUGUGAACAAUACUGCAUUUGUACUACGGUAAAGCAAGUGGGGUUUGUUAUAUAUAUAUAUAGGGCAAGUCAAAAUGAUGUUAACAUUUCAAUGGCGGAAACAAUUUAUUCACAAAACACACUUGCUAUGUGCCAGAUGACUUGCAGGAAUGUCUCAAGCUGUCCACCAUCACAUUCAACACACAAACCAACGAGCUACAGCACCGUGUGAAGCUCAGACACACAUUUCGUUGAGAACAGAUGAUACCACAGUGCGUAUUCGGUCCUUCAGGUCAUUGAACUCUCCAUGUGCUGGUCCUUCAGCACACCCCAUAACCAGAAAUCACGAAUCAGGGGAGUGUGGAGGCCAUGGCAGUGGUCCGCUAUGACCUACCCAUCGACCUGGAAAGGUGCAGUCGAGAUAAAAAGAAUCCGUUAGUGUUGACAUCAUUUUGACUCACCCUGUGUGUGUAUAUAAUAUCUACAUACAGUAUAAUGUGCGUGUUAUAUAUAAUAUAUAUAUAUAAUAUAUAUAUAUAUACUGUGUGUGUGUGUGUACGUACGCAGAUACAUUUCUAUAUCACAGGGUUAUUAAAAGGAGGCUUACAUACAAUUUCCUUAAUUAAAACAACUUUACUGUAAAUUUUUAUUUGAACUGCCCCAUGGGAUUAAGUUUUCUGUAAUUAUAUAUGGUAGAUUUUGAGACUAUUGUAGCUACACAGGCAGUAUGUACGUGUACGACAGAUGCACAUUUCCAGAUUAAAACAUCACCACCUUAAAUGAAAUUCGCCGAGGCCUCGUACCCUGAAGUGUCGUGCGAUGGCCCUGAGAGGACACUUUUGUCCCACCGUGUCUGCCCUCACAGUGUGGCUCGGUGGGCCGCUGUGUCACCUCGUUUUGGCACAUGAUGUCUGCAUUUUCUUUUUUCCUUCUUCACCCACCUAUCCCGGUGGGUUACCCUUUACCAGUCUGCUGCCAGUGCCCCGCGUGCCAGUGUGCACAUUUCUUUUCAGUGCCUUCUGUCCACAGUCCACCUGACUCUGUCGACGUUCUUAACCUGCCGGUCCUCCAGCCCAGGUGGAGUGGUCCGAGUGGUCUUUGCAAUGCCAAGCGUGUAUAUAAUUCUUGUAUUCUGUGUACAUUUCAGCUGCUGUGGCUGUGCCCGUUUUUGGACUCUGUACAUUCCAGUCGUAUUCUGGGCCCCCCUGCUUGCGGCCCCUUUUUCCUUUUCUGUACCGCUCGUUGCUCCCUGCUCUCCUAACUUGAGAUUCUAAGCCGCGGCCCGUCCAGAUGUGUGUGUGUUUUGUUUUUUUUGUCCUAAUAGAAAUGGUGACGGUGGUCUUCUGUUUGAAUUACACAACAAUACGAAUGCAGCUGUGCUUUUAAACCCGGCCGCUGGGUUCUCCAACUUUAAAGUUUGUUACAAAUCCUGUCACGUCUGUGAUCCUCUUCUCCUGGUGGUGUUAAUUAAAAAAAAAAAAAAAAAACGAUAGGCUUGCCACCCUGAUGGUCUGAUAUUGGGGUCUCAAUCUCGGGUCCUGAUUGGCCAGUCUGCCCUCAUUGUGGCUGUCAACUGAAUUUGUUAUUUAAUUCUGCUCUCAUGUUGCUACAUUAAUGAGGGUAGCCCACCCAAAUGAAAGGAGUACUCCUUCUAUCAUCGUUCUUUUUAUUUACUACAUUUUUGUUUCAAUUUAAAUGUUCCUUCCAGCGUUCUACCUUCCACUUGUCUUUAUUUUCUAUACGAUUCUCAAUAGCAGUGAUGCGCCAUCUGCUGGAAUAAACAUGCCAUGCGCUUCAUCACAUCGUAUCCCAACACACACCCAGUGCCAUAAAUGUUAGCAUUGAAGAAGCCCAGCAGAGCGAAACUGACAGAAAUCGGCUUCUUGUCUAUGAAUUCUUCACAUUUUAAAGCUGGAUGAACACCAACAGCACAGCAUGCCUCAUUAACGCCGAGUAUGGACCUGCCACAGGAACCACAGCAGUCCACUUCUGUUGUACACAUCAGGGUUUCUUAAACCACGAGUCGCAACUCAAAUUGGGUUGGGAGUUGCCACCAUCGGGUCACAGGUUACUGUUAUAGUUAAUGCUAACGGGUCGCGGGCAGCUUGCGAAGAGUCGCCGCUGGUUGAUUAAGCAAUCGGCACCUCGCUCUGACGAUCGUCCUCGACGGCCCCCAAAAUCGAUGACCACUUCACUGUGUCGAAGACGCAAAAAUGGGCCAAAAAAAACGACCGUGAUGGAGAUAGUUUGUGUUUUUAAAUUCAAAUUCUGUCCCCAUCUUUAACAUCACAACAUCCCUCGUUAACGCUGAAUGAAGUCCAACAGAUGGAAAUCGGCUUUUAUCGUAUCUUAAAUGGUGGGGGGUGGGGUCACGGGUUUUCGCCAUUGCGUCAUGAGUUACUGUCGUAUUUAAUGCUAAUGGGUCGCAGCGAGUCGCCGUGGGUUGGUUAAGAAAUCGGCGUGACUCCGAUGAUCAUUACUCGAUUCUCCUCGAUUACCCCCAAAAUCGAUGACUUGUUUGAGCGUUCAACGACAAAUGGGUGUUAGACGCUAAAAAAGUGUGACAGAAAAACGUUUAAGAAACCCUGAUGGAGACCGUUUGUGUUUUAAAUUAGAAUUCUGCCCCCGUCUUUAACAUCACAACAUCCCUCAUUAAUGCUGAAUGAAGUCCAAAAGACAUAAUCAGCUUUUAUCGUAUAGAUCAUGGCUGCUUAAACCGUGGGGGGCGGGAUCACGGGUUUCCACCGCCGCGUCACGAGUUACCGUCGUAUUUAAUGCUAAUGGGUCACAGCGAGUUAAGAAAUCGGCGCCACUCCUACGAUCAUCCUCAAUUCUCCUCAUUACUUGAUUAUCCUCAAUUACCCCCAAAAUCGAUGACCUGUUUGAGCGUCCAACGACAAAUGGGUGUUAGACGCUAAAAAAGGGCAAAAUUUAGGGUGUGACAGAAAAACGUUUAAGAAACCCUGAUGUCUCCAUUUUGUUUGUGUUUUAAAUCAGAAUGAGUAUCGACAUCACAACGGCCAUCUUGAACAUCGCAACAACCAUCGUCAACGCUGAAUGAAAUCCAGCAGAGUUUCAUCGUAUAGAUCAGGGUUGCUUAAACGGCGGGGGACGAGGUCACGGGUUUCUGCCGCUGCGUCACGAGUUACCGUUGUAUUUAAUGCUAAUUGGGUCGCCGUGGGUUGAUUAAGAAAUCGGCGUCACUCCGACAAUCAUCCUUGAUUCUCCUCAGUUACUCCCAAAAUCGAUGACCUGCUUGAGCCUUCGACGACGAAUGGGUGUUGGAGACGCUAACAAGGGCAACAGUGAGUCGUGACAAUAAAACGUUCUGGAAACCCUGUUCGUGUUUUAAAAUAUCAGAAUACCGGUAAGUAUCGACAUCACAACAUCCACCAUUAACAUCGAGUACGUCCAGCUGAGUGGGCCUACCACACCGACACACAUCGGCCCCCAUUGAUUUUGUUAAACGAGUUGGGGUCGCCGUUGUUGCGUCACGUUAACGGGUCGCAGAUGUUGGACGGUGAGUCGCCACAGGUUGAUUAAGUAAUCGCCAUCUCUCUGACGUUCAUCCUCAAUUACCCCCCAGAAGUGGCGACUGAUUGUGUGAAGGGGUCUGGAAGAUACUAGAAAAGGGCAGGAUUGGGGUCAACAAAAAGAAGGGUGCAAGAACCCCCUAAAUAUAUAUAAUAGCUCCUGUUUUAAAUCUGAAUGAACGCCAAUAUGUCAAUAUCCAGGAACGUCUCAGUCAGACAGAGCAUUUCAAAAUGGCGGCCUCAUUGACGUAAAAGGACACCACUGUGGGAAAACGAGCUACAAAGAGACCACCGGGCCGUGUUCUUAUUUUUCUACUGACUAACACCUUUUUUUUUUUUUUUAAAUUAAAAUUUCUCUUUAAAUGUAAUUUGAUAUUUUGAACCAAGGGGUGUGUGUCUGUGUGUGUGUGUGUGAACUUCUCCAUCGCUCUUGUAAAUAUCCUGAAUAUCGCGUGAGCUCUCCAUGUAACACGGCCGACUUGUUGUGUAUGUAACAAAAUCUCUUAAGAGUUUGAAAAGACUGUAAAUGUUGACAGCAGAUAACUAAUAAAGAAUGUUUUCCAUUAUUCCACAAUAAAAGCUAUUUAAAUAAG